GCAUGCACUGGGAGAAAUCACAGCCAUCAGCCGUGGGCAGGUCCAGGCCAUACCAAGGUGUGCGAGUCAGAGAUCCUGUCAAAGAGCUGCUGAGGAGGAAGAGGAGCCUGGAGCUUCACAGCACCAAGACACUGCCUCCUACUGGGGAUGUGGUCUCACACAACAACCAGCCGUCAUUUACACAAGGUAUCUUUGGCUGUGAUGUUGCCAGCGGAUCCCCAGCCGAAGCGCCGACCACAGCUGCUGAUGGAGGGCUGCAGUGUGCGGGGUGGAAAGCGACGCCUUCUGUCACCAGUCCUGGGCUGCAGGCCGCCGCCAUGUCCUGGUCGACGCCUGACUACAACCAGCAGGACCCCUCAGCUCAGACUCUGACCUACCCAGCUACUCCGACACUUACUAUGCAAACUCUGUGUCCCAGCUACACCAUGCUGACCUACACACACGCACCACUGCUGACAAACUUUGGGACCAUACCAGUGGCACCAGCCCCAGCCUCCCUGCCUCAAGUGGAGCUCCAAGACUCAGGGUUGACCUAUCUUCCUUGGGCCCAGCCACUCACCACUAUAUCGACCAUGCCUAAUCACGGGGUGCAGUUUGCCCCGGGUUCUGCAGCGCUGCCUGGGUCGCCUCUGGUACACAUGCCGCUGUCCAUGUCGUUGACCACCAUGAUCCCACAGCUGGAGCCCCAGGGUAUGGACCCUCAGCCUGAGAUCCUGGAGAUCCCCGAGCAUUCAGAGCAGCAAGCUCAAGGUCAGUCUCUGAACGAAGACCCGGAGGUUGAGGCGGAAUCACCAAACCUACUGGACAAACUCCUCGAGGAUCACAAAGAACAUGGUGAGGAGGAGGACAAAGACUCGUACAGCAGCUCCCUCUUCAUACCCAAUGUCUGA